AUGAUCUUCCGCAGUCUGAGCACAAGGACUUGUCUCAACUCGGACGCUACCGGCACUUCCUCCUCUCUGCACGGCGAGACACAACUCGUCAAGUUCCGACGGAGCUACAGCUUGACUGCCGAGAGGCCACCCGCCUUUCGCUCAUCAUCAAGCAUACGACUCGGCCGGCAGAAGGACCACAGGCGAAACGGAACCUACAAUAGCGGGAGUCAUUCAAGAGCAAGUAAAUACGGCCUGAUACCCGAAGAGGCACAGCCACAGAAGAGCAGCAGCAGCACCACCAGAAAACGGAGGAGCCUGCGGAGCAUAGUCAAGGCAAUCAUGGGUCUCUUAUCCGCGCGGAGCAGCUCCUCGAGCAUCCUCGAGGCGGCACCAUUCGGAGAGGUUGAUAACGUCAUGGACUUGCCGGACUCGUAUGUCCACUCUGAUCUCGAAUUACUUGAGACGGGUCGCUUCUCCGAUUUCUCGAUACAUUGCCGAAGUCGGACGUGGCGGGUGCAUAGUCUGAUCGUGUGCUCACGAUCAGACUGGUUUGACCAGGGGCUCAAUGGGGAGUCCAGCGAGUCCGGCAAGAGGGUCGUGACGCUAUCAGACUGCGAGCCAGACGACAUAGACUCUAUGCUUCUCUUCUUGUACUCGGGAGGGGGGUUACCAGACUUCUCCUUGACAAAAUGGGCCAAGGCCUCCAACGUCUACACGGCGGCCUGUCACGCUUUCUACCUGGCGGACAAGUUCUCGAUUGACCUGCUGAAACGCCCCGCGCUCAAGCAAAUCGCCGUGCAGACCAAGCACCGCAUCCCGGGGGACUCCUGGGAGCACAAGUUCAUGGAGGCCGUGCGGCUCGAGUACACGGGGCCAAACCUGCCGCAGCGCUCCCUGAGGCAGAUGUUCCUGCUCGAGGCGGUGCGGUCGCGCGGGCGGUACCGGGGCCCAAAGUUCCAGGGCGUGUUCUCGGACGAGAAGCUCGCCGAGGAGAACAUCCCCCGGUUCAAGGAGCAGGUGAGCAAGCUGGAGAAGGUGCUGCUGGACAACGAGGGCGGGGACGAGCAUGCCGUUGCGCGCAUGCUGAGGGUGAAAUACACCUUUGUGUCGGAGGAGGCCAGCCAUGCUAGGUGGUUACGAGACUUUCCGCCUCAGGGGAGGAUCGUCUAG